AACCAUCUCAGUAAAAGCAGGAAGUUUGAGCUGCAUGAAACUUUAAAGGAAUUUUGAGGAGUCUUUACUUGAUACCUUGGAUAGGAUGUGGGUAGAAUAAGACUUCAGUACUUCCUUUCUGUGCAUUGGAGUAUUUGGGAACGUGGGCUUGGGAAGCUGAGUCUUUUGGGUUUGAGACUUCUCCCUUCUCCAGUCAUGGUUCCGGGAGCAGAGCAUCAUCCUGAGGACCUGCCACUCAAUCAUCUGCUAUUUGUGGUUUAACAAAGAACUUUGGGAGAAACCCUUCUUAGGUGUUCCCUCUUCAUGUUAACAUUGUCUUUCUAGAUUGGGUGUAUAGACCUGGUUCUCAGACGAGGGGAAUUGAAAUUUCACAGACAUGACAUAUCACAAAACGCUGCAUUAAAAAGUAAGGCCUCCUAUAGAUUUACUACAAGUUUGGCCAGGAUUCCUUUACCAACCUUGUUUUUCAGAUAGGACUGAGGCUUUCAGUGCAUACUGGCAACCUUGGAAGGCAGGAAUGUGAAACUUUCCCCUACUACUUAGCAUCAGAAUUGAAUGGGAGACCCCAUUCUGCCAUUUCUGCCGGCAGUGUGGCUCUGCCAGCUGGCCUUCUGCACGGAUCCCCUAACAACAGUGAGAGAGCAAUGCGAGCAGCUGGAGAAAUGUGUAAAGGCCCGGGAGCGGCUAGAGCUCUGUGAUGAGCGUGUAUCCUCCCGGUCACAGACAGAGGAGGAUUGCACAGAGGAGCUCUUUGACUUCUUGCAUGCAAGGGACCACUGUGUGGCCCACAGACUCUUUAACGGCUUGAAAUAAAUGUGCAGACUCAUUCACACCAGUCUUCAUCAGCUGGGCAUCAGGAUAUUUUCUUAUGGUUUUAAACAUGCCAUCUGUUUCUAAUUUGUAAGUUCAUGUGAAUCUCAUGGAUUUUGGCAUAGGCAAGUAGCUUCUACGUAAUUAGCAGUUAACUCCAUCUUAAUAAAGUUCAGUGAUAUGCA